UUUUCACGCAAAACACUCUCCCGUUCGCUAUCAAAGGAAGAACUUCCACAAUACAAAAUGUCUGCUAUCAUUGUAUUUUUAUUCUUUUCAUAUUUAAGUAUAACAGGUAAAGGUCUAGUGUCAUCCGAAUGUCGUUUUCCUGACAAUUAUAGAGGAAAUUAUUUUUCGAGAAAUCCUAAUAUUGAAGUGACCAUUGAAGACGAUGAGAUUAAGCCUUGGGGAAAAUGCCAUUCGAAGAAUUUUGAUUGGUUUAUUUUAGCUGAAAGAAAUCCUAAUAUUGAAGUGACCAUUGAAGACGAUGAGAUUAAGCCUUGGGGAAAAUGCCAUUCGAAGAAUUUUGAUUGGUUUAUUUUAGCUGAAAGAAAUCAAAACAAGAGCUGUUUAAAAUGUCUUCAGUUAAUAUUAAGAAGUCCUUUGAUAAUUGAAGUUCUAGCAGAAGAGUUAAGUUCAUGUCAUUCAGAAGAGAAUAUUUUUUGUCCAAAUGUCAUUGCAAUGCCAUCGAAAAAGUAUUUUCUUUAUCGGCAAGAAACACUACAAGUUUAUCAUCAUUCAGAAAUUCUUUGUCCGUUUAGAGGAAAAUUCCGAAUAUCAUAUUCAGCUGAUGGAGGGAAACGAAGAUGUUAUUCUUUUAUUUCGGAAUUGAUCAAUUGUCCGAUUUCUGAUACUUUCCACAUUAAAUAUAAAAAUUGUAGCUUUCCAGAAAAAGAAUUAAGAUUUCAAUGUUUGGGAGAUUGGGAUGCCUUUGAAAACCAACGUUAUAUUAUUCUGAAAAAGAAAUAUGAAAGAAGUGAAAUGAAACUCUUAUGUGGAUUAUAUCGACGAGAUAUUCAAAAUGAAAAUAUAUAUUUGGCUUUAUCGAGUGAUGACAGAUGCGGAAUGUUAUAUUCGUCAAUUAUUGGCCAAGAAACAAUGAUUCUUCAUCCAGUUCAAAUUUCAAAUAAGUUUGUUAAAAACUUUAGUUGUUCGUUUCCUGAAUGGUCACUUGGUCAAUGGGAAGAUUUAAUUGUUGAACGAAAUAUUAUCAAUUAUGGCGGAAAUGAAAAAAUAAAUUUUCACACAUCUCAUUGUAUUCGAAUGGAAAAUCCUUUCUACGCAAAUAGAUAUUUAAUACAUUCGAUAGAUAAGUGUGAUAAAGAAACGUAUGGUUGCAUAUGGUUGGUCAAUAGAACAAUGAACAUCAUUGAAUUUCAGUUAGGUAAACGAUUUGGAAGCAUUAAUGAUACCUCUUCUGUUUUGUGUUCAAACGAUCAGUUUAAUAAUAAAAGCUGGUUUACAAAACUCAGAAGUGAUAUGAAUGAAACUUCACAUUUUCCGAUAAUGGGAGAAUAUUUUGGCAUUCUUCCAUUUCAAGAUGAUCUUUGCCUCAGAAUAAUGACUGACUGUAUCAAGCCGGAUUUAUUAGCACAAAAAACAGUAAAGUGCCACGAUAUAAAUGAAGUCUUAGAAGUUAAUCAUUAUCUCUGCUAUGGAAAUUGGAUAGAUGGGACAAUUGUUUAUUCUUAUGCUUUUCACUUAGAAAGUAAAGAAAUGCGAUGUUUUGCAGGAAAGAUAGAUGAGAAUAUGGUAAAAAUCGUCGAAAUUGGAGAGAAUUGUAUCAGACAACAAAUCCCUCUUCAAAAAGCAAUGGAUUUAAUUAAAAUAGGAAGCUGCCUAUCUGAUAACAUGAAAUCCGAAAAUAUUUCCAUAUCUUCAGGAUCAUCGGUUCCCGCUUCGACAAUGAACACUAUGGCUGUAAAUUCAUCACCUACUAUUGCUGGAUUUUUAUAUUGUCUCUUUGCUUUACUUCAUGCUGCUCGUGAAUUAAAAUGCCCAUUAGAUCGUAUAGGCCUAUGUAUAUUAUUUUGACAAGAAAUUUUAUAAUUAUGAAAUUAGAUUCAAUUAUUUUAAUGGUCUAUUUAUAAUUUUAUAAAACUAAAAUCGAAAUAGCUUUAUUUAAUAUAUGGUAAGGAUCGGUAGUUUGGUGAUAUGGGUAAUCUGGUUAUGUUUCUACAAAGAGAAUCGCCAGAUUACUAUUACAGAUAGCAAGUUAUCAUUUACACCAUGGAUGACAGGAAAAGUUUAAAAUAAACUUUUUGCCAUUAUUACCGCAUGGGCCUAUCGUGCUGCGGAGACGAAAGAUUUUGUCUUGACACUGCUGAUUUUUGUGAUCUGUCUGUCACUCAUAAUGAAGACAUGUUCAGGUGAAUGCUGCAUGUGUCACACAUUGUCAACUUUUAUGUUCGAAUUACCUCCUAAUUGAUACAAAAUUACCAGGUUCAGUGGUUUAUAUUAUUUAUGCCAAAUAUCUUUUAUCAAAAAUAAGAAUGUGUUAUGAUAAACAUAAAAUAGACUUUUCACAGGAUAGUAUCGCCUUUCUUUAAUGUUAGUAAUAAUUCAGUCACGACCAAAAUCUAUCACCACAUUAUCAAACUUUACCGUACGAGCGACACUGUGCAGAAACAAUGUAUUUUCUACAACAAUCAAUAGUAUUGCGAUCAAACAACCACAAGAGAUUUUUCAACUAUUUAAUUUUAAAAUACCGAUUUCAAUAAUUGAGAGAGUAAUAUAAAAUGUAGGGCCUUAGAUUAAGAAAAAAAGCAUUUAGUCAUAAAACAAAUAACCGAUUAUAGUUUUAUAUCCAGAUCGUUUGACAGAACUUAUGUAAAAGUAAUCUGUAAAAUGUUAAAAUGAAUCUUUGAUAAUCAUAUUGGAUUGACAGCUCUUCCUCAGAAGAGCUGUCAAUUGACUCGAUGCUCAUAUUGGAUCAAAUUGAAUCAAAUUCGAUGCUCAUAUUGGAUUGACAGCUCUUCUGAGGAAGAACUGUCAAUCCAAUAUGAGCAUCGAAUUUUGUUUUCAUAGUCCUUCACUAUACAAAUAAUUCAACUUAAUUCUCUGAAAGUUGGACUUUGGUUUGUUUCUGUAAUUAAAGUUUUAAAAUAAAAGGCUUAAAUUUUUUUUUGCUUUUGCUUCUAUAAUUAAUACUAUUAUGAUUUUAAAUUAAUAUUUGCAUAAAAUCACGAUAGCAUUAAAAUUAAAAUAUAUAUGAAAAAUAUAAUUAUUAGAAAUAAGGGUUGGUUGGCGUUGAAAUUUGUGGGCCGAGAUAGGCCAGAGAGCCAGGUCUUUUAACUCUUAAUAUGUAUGUUCUAGAGUUCUGUAUAUAGGUUUAUUGCCUUCAGAUAUGCCAUUGUCCAUUAUCAUCUAGUAUACUCCGUAGAGCUUGGUCGUUUGAAGAUGUAUGUUGUCAAAGAUAUGUUUUAUAUUGAAAGCACGUUAUUAAUAUAUGUCGGAUGGUAAGUGGGGUGUUGCAAGUUGAGCAUUUCGGUUCAAUAUCCUUGUUAGUAGAUAGAUGUUAGUCUUGUGUGUUCUGUUCUGAGUCGAGCAAGUAUAUUAGAAAUAAUACUCGGUGGUUAAUUACAUAGCAAUCGUGUUUACAAUUAAAAAUCAAUGAAAUAUUAAUAUUUAUUAGAAUCACAAGGCAAACGAGAAACAUUUCGUAUACUUGUAUUAUUUAAACUUUAUUUUUUACUCUUUCCGCCCUGUGGAUAUUAAGAGGAAUUUUUUCUAUACCCACGGAUUCGCUCAUACUGACAAUAGAGGCGACAGAGUGGUGAGGGACGGAGCCCUAUAAAUCCAAGUAGUAUUUUUUAAAUGUUAAGAAAACUUCGAAAAUGAUAUAAAGUGUAUUUUUCAAAAUUAGAAAAAAUAAUCAUCAAAGUUCUUUCUAAUUAUAUAAUGAUACUGAGGAAUUUGUAUUAUCAAUGAACAAUUGUAUCUGCAUCCUUUUAUAUUGAUGCCAUCUCAAUGUAAAAUUUUGCAAUUGUAAAAGUUUCAAAUUAUACACAUAUGUAAUAAUA